AUGGAAGUGUUAUUAACGGUAGUUAAAUGGACAUGUAUAGCUUUAGUUAUAACUAUGAUUUAUAGUGCUAGUAAAUCACAAAGCACUUUACCAUCACUUGAAGUUGAUCCUCAUGAUAUUUAUACCCCUGAUUUUUACCCUAAUGGCAGUUAUUUAGAAUUACCUUUGGGCAGAAUGCGAUAUUGGUUGUUUGGUAACUCGAGCGGGAAGCGUGUUGUUCUGAUUCAUGGUAUCUCCACAGGAUCUGUUGUUUAUGAAAAGUUAGCAAGAUAUUUAGCAAAAGAAAAAGGGCAUUAUGUUCUUAUUUAUGAUAUUUGGGGGAGAGGUUAUACACAAGCUCCUCCUGUUACUUAUGAUGAGGCACUCUAUACUUCACAACUAGCUAUGCUUUUACAAAAGGUAGGAUGGACUAAAACUGAUAUUAUUGGAGUUUCUCUUGGCGGGGCUAUUGCCACUUCUUUUACAGCUUAUUAUCCUGAGAUGGUCAAGAAGCUUAUAUUGAUCGCACCUGCAGGUCUUUUGGAUGAAAAGAAAGAUAUGCCAUUCAUUUCCAAAUUAUUUCGCUUACCUUAUGUCUAUCAGUUUCUUGUAAAUCAAACAUGGUUACGUGGAUGGAUGUUAUUAAAUAUAGAACGAUUCGCAAAGUCAACUCGUUUGACUCAAAACAAUUUAGAUAAAGAAGCACAAGAACAGAGUAUUAAAAUUACUAAAGUGGCUACUUAUCAAUUUGUACAUCAUUCUGGACUUAUUAGAGCCUUUGCUGGUACUAUUGCUGCUUAUCCACUAACAGGCUUAGAUGAAAGAUAUAAGAAAGUAGGUAAACAACAGGAUAGCAACGUUUUAUUAAUUUGGGGUGGUAAAGAUAAGACAUGUCCCUACUAUCCUGAAAAGACCAAAAAAUUACUUCCUAAGGCUCGAUUGGCGUUUUAUAAAGAGGAAGGGCAUGACAUACUUAAUGCUCAAUGGAAAUCAGUACAUGAAGCCAUUGAAAAUUUUCUCGUUUCGUAA